AUGACUAAAUGGUAUCGCCUUACAACACCUCACCUCACAUCCUCAAUGUUUCUAAUUGUAGAGUUGCGAUUGCCUUGUUGUGAGAACUCUUAUGAAAACGUUGUAAUGAAAACUGAGAAAAUGAAGAAGUUCUAUAAAUUGCCUCAGUCAGUACGACAGAGGACUUUUAUAUGCACUCCUCAUAUUUUUAUGUGGGCUCAUGUUGUUGGUGUAGUUGUUGCAAUCGAUGGGAAGAAGAGAAUAUUAUUGGAUGAGAAGUGGAAGAAGACAAAGUUACCUGCAGAAAAAGUUACUGGACAAGACUUUGACAGAGGGAAGAGCCUAAAUGUACUUCAUAAAACAUUCGUGAAAGCAUUGAGAAUGAAAAAGUUUUUACUGGUUUUGGAUUAUGUUUCGUUUCAGAAUUUUUUGCCGCUUUGGCAUACAUUCAAGAGUCAUUUUCGAUGGGCAAAGCAUGGAAGUGAAAUCAUCCUGACAACUCAAAACAACCAGGUUGCAAGAGCGAUGGGUAAUCUUCUAUUUUAUCACUUAAGAACCAUGUCUCAUGAGGAUUCUUGCCGAUUGUUCCAAAGAUAUGCCUUCAAAAGAUAUGCCUUUGACGACGUGAAUCUAGGUGUACACCCAGAAUUAGAAAUAAUUGGCAGACAAAUUGUUGAAAAGUGCCAAGGUCUUCCAUUAGCAGUGAAGUUGCUUGGUUGUUUGCUAAGUAACCAUGUAAAGAUUUACGAAAAAUGUAAAUGGGAUGAGGUACUUUGUAGUAAUGUAGAUAAAUGGUACCUGUGCAUAAAAGAGAAUGAUAUUAUUACUGCUCUAUGGAGAAGUUACUACUAUUUACCUCCCCAUCUCAAGCAAUGUCUUGCCUACUGCUCGAUAUUCCCAAAAGGUUAUGAAUUCGAUAAGGAAGACUUGAUCAAGUUAUGGAUGGCUGAAGACCUAUUGAUACCCCAAAAUUACAUGAGGAUGGAAUACAUUGGGGAAAAGUAUUUUGACAACCUUUUGUCAUGA